GGCAGCUUGUAUAUCUCACAUCGGAUCAGACAGACUGCAGAUCACUAGGCUCCCCCAGCUCGAGCUCCUAUUCCAGACCUGCACACAGUGUUCUAUCCCGCUCAAGCAUUGCACCUUCAACCAUGGUGACUGACGUUACAGUACCAUAUUAUUAUGAUGAUGAUUAUUUCAACUCAAAUGAUUCAGAUCCGUCCAGCAUGUGUGAUGAGACUGACUGGGACCUCUCUUACUCCCUGCUACCUGUUUUCUACAUGCUGGUGUUUGUCCUGGGACUGUCUGGAAAUGGAGUGGUCAUAUUCACAGUAUGGAAGGCAAAGCCCAAAAGGAGGUCUGCAGAUACCUACAUAGGCAACCUUGCCCUGGCUGACCUGGCAUUUGUGGUGACCCUGCCUCUGUGGGCCACCUACACUGCAUUGGGCUUUCACUGGCCCUUUGGCUCUGCUCUGUGCAAGCUCAGCAGCUACCUCGUCCUACUUAACAUGUUUUCCAGCGUCUUCUGCCUGAGCUGCCUCAGUUUUGACCGCUACCUGGCCAUUGUUCAUUCACUGUCAAGUGCCAAGCUGCGCUCUCGCUCGUCCAUGCUGAUAUCCCUGGCUGUUAUCUGGCUCCUCUCCGGACUGCUGGCACUGCCCAGCUUAAUUCUGCGCGAUACACGUGUGGUUGGCAACCAUACCCUCUGUGACCUGGACUUCAGCAGUGUAUCCAGCAAGGAGAACGAAGACUUCUGGAUUGGAGGGCUCAGCAUUCUAACCACAGUUCCAGGCUUCCUCCUACCUCUGCUCCUCAUGACCAUCUUCUACUGCUUCAUUGGGGGCAAAGUGACCAUGCACUUUCAGAAUCUAAAGAAAGAAGAGCACAAGAAGAAGAGGCUCCUAAAAAUCAUCAUCACAUUGGUGGUGGUGUUUGCCAUUUGUUGGUUGCCCUUUCACGUUCUCAAAACAAUCCACUUUUUAGACCUGAUGGGUUUCCUGGACCUCUCCUGCUCAAUGCAAAACACCAUAGUCAGCUUACAUCCCUAUGCUACCUGCCUGGCUUACAUUAACAGCUGCCUCAAUCCCUUCCUCUAUGCUUUCUUCGACCUCCGAUUUCGCUCACAGUGUUUUUUUUUUUUUGGACUUCAAAAAACCCUCCACGGCCAAAUCAGUAACACCUCCUCAAGUCUGAGUGCGCAAACUCAAAAGUCUGAACUGCAUUCUUUAGCGACCAAAGUAUAAUCGAGAAAAGACGGUGUGCUGAUUGGUGGGAGAGUGGAAACACUCUUCUUAAGACUUUUAAGACUAAUUGAACUUAAUCUCUCUCUCUCUCUGCCGAAAGUGCAUCUGUCGAUAAUGGAAGAAUAUGGCUUUCAAAGAAUGCUGGAGCUCUACACACUGGAGCCUGUAAGAUGUCCUCACUUAAAGGGAUGUUUGCCUUGGCAAAAAAAUAACAGACACUCAUAUACUGACUGACUCCAAGACAUUAUCUUACUCAUUCUCUCUCUUGGUGCAAGGGAGCUGGUUGGAUCGAGUGAGGGAAACUGAUAAUUUGUGUCAGUGUUUACUAGUAACACAAUAUGUUUGAUACCAGAGUAAAUUUGGCAUCGAACUGGUUAAUAGAAGAGAAAAUUCAUAAAAACUAGCUAUGGGUUUGAGUUGUUAAAGCAGAGCAAUCACUAAGGAAAACCAGUGAAAUGUUGAUUGUACUUUAUUUAGAAUGAUGCCCAUGUAAUGCUCUGUAUAUAAUUAACCCCAUUAUAGCUUGAUCUUAAAUUUGUUUCCUUAUGUCUUGUGUAUCUUGUGUAAAUAUAGCUUGUGUAAGCACUUUGUAUAACUUUACAGAGCUUUUAUCUAACACACUAGUCAACUGCAAUAUAAAACACUUAGCGGAUGGUUUUUUUUUUGUUUUUUGUUUUUUAAUAUUUAAUAAUUUUUCUGCCAAAAGGGACAAGUCUUUCUAAAAUGUACCUAUGAUGUGCAGGGCUAGACAUGUGAAAGUAUUUUGGAUAUUGACACUGAAUCUGUUAAGGGAUAACCACUUUCUUUGUAGAGAGGCUGUCAAGACCUUGCAGUGCAAUGGAUUGGUGGUCACUGUACAAAAAGAUUAGCUGUGUUUUGCUCUAACAUGUAUAUAUAAUUUACCCUCUCGAAGAGAGAAGUCAUUAUUCAAUGUUUUGUAUAAUUUUGCA